ACUGCAUCGGCCAAUCCAACCCAACUAAAGCCCAUCAUCUUCCACUGACUACUCUAGCUGUGCUUUCUUGGUCUCUCAAGGAUUGCGAUCUUACCCGCGAGUUUGCUACCCACCUUCUCCCACCAAGCCGUGUGUGAGCGCGAAUUGACGGGCCGACUCGGCCAUUCUCGCAUUCCCUCGCCAUUACAGCCAUAUUCGAGCCCUUCUGCUCAAUCUUUCGACGUGUCUCCUUCCAAACGCUGCCAGGUUAUUCGAGUCCAGUGAGCACCGUCUGUUCCGUAUGGGACCAUCGAUCGCCGUACUUAACAGCACGCUUCUGAACUCCGGGACUCUGAGCGACUCUUACGACCUCGGACCCGAGAUAGGGCGCGGUCAGUACGGCGUCGUGCGGGAGUGCCGCGAGCGCGCGACAGGCCGGAGAUUCGCAUGCAAGUCGAUCGCGAAAGCGUCGCUCGCUACGCGCGACAGUCGCGAUGCCGUGCGACGGGAGGUUGCGAUCAUGCGACGGCUGGCCGGGUGUCCCGGCGUCGUCUCGCUAGCGGGAGUUUGGGAAGACUCCCGCGCAGUGCAUCUGGUGAUGGACCUGUGCGCGGGGGGUGAUUUGCUGCGCCUGGUAGAGCUGACGGACCACCUGGCGGAAUCCCCCGCGCGCGCGGUGUUCGCGGAGAUUGCGCGGGCCGUGGCGGAGUGCCAUGCGCGGGGAGUGCUGCACCGGGACGUGAAGCCCGAGAACGUGCUCCUAACGAGGCCAGUGCGCGACAAUCACGUCUCGACUGAUUUGAUUCAGGAUACCGUGGCGGAUCGCGCGGUUCAAGGAGAAAGCGAAUGCGGCAGCAGACGACACGAGGCGAAGGGCCAGAAUUUCUGCGAUUCGGACGACGGGUCGUUGGUUAAGCUGACUGACUUCGGGCUGUCGUUGAUCGAGGUGGCAGACUGUCGAGGCGCGAAGGAAAUCGCCGGAAGCGCCUAUUAUCUUGCGCCAGAGGUGUUCUCCGGGCGCUAUUCUUUUCCCGCCGACGUGUGGAGCUUGGGAGUGGUUCUCUUCGUAUUGCUCUCCGGUUGCGUUCCCUUCGGUGGCGACGACGACGACGAAAUCGGCGAAACCAUUCGCGAAGGCAGUUUUACUUUUGACGAAGAGAGUGGUUCAGUUUGGGCGGAGGUUUCAUCUGUCGUGAAAGAUCUGAUUUGUUGGAUGUUGACGAAAGAGGAAAAUCAACGGCCCACAGCAGAGCAGAUUCUUCGCCACCCGUGGCUGAGUCCCACCACGGAAGCAGCCUUCUACAGCGCAACUCAAGUUCCGACCGCACUCACCAGCGGCUGGAGGAGCAACAGCCUGGAUGGUGCCUAUAAGUUAGAGCACUAUGACGAAGACAUUCUGUACAGCGAGUACUAUCUUCCUCAUCUGAUCAGCCAUUCGGUCCCGACCACCCCAACCACCAGUUACACGUCAGAUCUCUUCUCUUCUCCCUCCUCUCUUGUACAGGACGCCAUCUCCCUCCUUGGCAGCUGGAGCAGCCUCCCGUUAUUAGCCUCCCUCUCGGAGUCUGAGUUUCCGUAUAGUCACGUCUCGCCUUCUAGCGCCAUGUUUUCCCCCAGCUCUCCAACCAAGAGCCCUCUGUCUCAGAGUGGCAGGGAGAUGACAGGAGAACCAAACAAACAUGAAGCUUGCGGAGCUGAUGUGGAUCUGGUUACACCAUUACCACAUACUUGUGCUAUCCAGAUCCAGCAGAAGCAGCAGCAGCAGCCGUUGCAGUUGGAGCAGAAGCAACAGCAUGGCCACUUCUUGCUACCACCAUACGUGGGGUGGGUUGGAGGGGGACUCUUAUUCUGAACCCCCUUGCUGUAAGCUCCUCAACAUGCGAGCAUUCCAUCACCACCUGAACCUGAUUCUUUGUGAACAUUCUGCGAGUCACAAGACCCCAAGAGUCUCCCCAAUAAGGCUCCGUUGCUGCCCACUUGACAGCAACAAGCCAUAACGGAGCUCUUUCUUUGGCACGGGAAUAAGCAAUUGUGCUGGAGGGUAACAGAGUUGUAAAUGACAGUAGCUCUCGGCACUGGCACUUGUUUCUCUUGUUACACCCUUUCAUUAUGAAUGGAUUUUCCCAUUACUGCCAGGGCCAGUGAGUUAAGGAUAU